AUCGGAUUCGGUAUCGACUUGGCAAUGGACAAAGUUCGCCGUGAUUACUCGUGUAACGGACCAAACUGGGUGCAUAAGCCAUUUGGGAUGACAGUCUACCGUGUCACAAGCAUAGUAUCACAUCCCAACAGGGCCUCUGGAACAAUUAAGUCUCCCGGGAGGGAGACCUACAAUAAUGCUAGGGCCUUCAAUGCACCCAUAAGCAUUAUAUAUUUCAGAUAUUGUUCAUCUCAGAUGGGCAUGGUAGUCCAGCUACGCUCAUGAGUAUAAAAGAAGUCAAUAGCCACAAGGCAUUCGUACUGUUUUGAAGUCUAAAGAACGUUACUCAUCUUUUCCAAGUCUUGCAAGUCCCCAGCUCCCUAUACUGACUCAUGGCACCCCCUCUUGUUCGCGCGUCUACGGAACCACUGGACGCCAGCAUUCUCGACUGGAAGUUCAGAAGGCAACUAAUCGAACGUUCUGAUACUGCCAAUGGCUCCCGUCCCCGUCCUCUCGUGGACAAUGACCGUGCAGACGGCAUUAUUGUCAAGUAUGCCCGUAAUUUGGCGCCUGUUGAUGAACCAUCCGAGCCAAACGACGAAUCCAGGAUGGACGAAGGCUGGAAGAUGUCUCUCAAGCGAUAUCUUCAAGACUCGUGGUUUCCGGCGUUCAAAGUCGGGCCUCAAGCCAAGCAGAAUUUUGUCUAGCCCCAUUAUCAGGAGCUACAAGUUACGCCUGGGACGCGGAAGCUACACACCAUUUCGCGGGUUAUGCCGUACCGUAUCCACGACGCUGCAUGCGAAUGUGAAUUUUGAUGUGUUUGCUAAGUUUCACCUAACAUUAUUGGCAGACCUUCAGCAGCAGAAGGAUCAGCAACUCGAAGAAACGAAGUAUUCGGGUGACCUUACAUUACCUUCUAUCGAUUUUGUAAAGUGUGACAAGGAUUUGAAAAGGUAUACGCAAGAUGUCAAUUCUGUCACCGACAUCACGAAACUCCUCACAACAUUUGCGUUGCGGACGAUCGCAACUUCUUUGCACAUCUUGCAUGAUAUACCUGAAGGAGAAGAUGGGGAUACGUUUCGAAAAUUCCUCCAGUUCAGACGCUCGUCCAAAAUGUGCCCCGUGAAGAAUAAUAUUUUUGACGUAGUCUUCCUUCCCAGCCCCCAUCCCGACCACACGAGCAUGAUCAUCCUCGUCAUUCCUCCCUGGGCCCUUAAUAAUACGGACUUCGUCAGUUUCGUCGACACAGGAGCGGUAACCCCUGGAAGCCUUGAUGGUAUUCCCACCGCCAAACCUGCUAGCGCGUCAGCUGUUAUGUGGUCUUUGUUAUGGGACACGUGCUCCAAGCAGAAAUGCCAAUACUUUGCCGUCACGACGUAUGAAUUCUGGGCAUUUGGAAAUUUCAGUUCUAAUAUGCAGACUGCGUACAUCUCUGACUUGUUCCGGGCUCCGGUUCAUCCGUAUGACGCACAGGUUCAGCAGGAUAUGCUUCUUAGUCCGGCGAUAUCCGAGACCUUGUUAUUUUGGAUGGCGGCUUGUGUAGGUGCGGGUAACAUCUUGUGGACACCGUGUGACAAGAUCACUUCUUGACGUCAUUCAUCCUGUAGCAUCCUGUAGCAUCAUGAUCCAUGAAUUCAUCUUUCCGCGCUCUUGUUGAACAUUGCUGGCAAUGAAUUUGACACUCGUGAAGACUG